AAAAAUUCGAACUCUCCACUUGCACUAUAAUUUUCGACAGAGACCCACAGUUGGCAGACCUGUUCAAAUUUCGAAACUUCAGAAUUUCAUGUGCUGUCGCUCGUAAUCGCCGUGAUUCUCUGCCGUGGUGUUGAUUCUUUAAUAUCCAAUCAAAAUGUCUGACGCAGCAGCUCCUCCCGGUCGUCCAAUGAAGUUUCCCUACACCUUCUCGGCGAAAGUUGCACAAUUCCCGUUCCGUUACUACAUUCAGAAUCAGUGGAUCUGGCGUUAUUAUUUGAUCGCUUGCGGUGUUUGCCUGCCAGUCUUCUACAAGAUUAGCAAACUAUCUAACUCGCCCGAAAACAAGGCAAAGUGGGCUGAGUCUAAGAGGAAGGAAGCCGCUGAACACCACCAUUAAAUUAAGAUUGAAUCGAAUUCUGUCUUUAAUGUAAAAGAAACUUCAAUAAUAGAUCAGAAAACAAUUUAAA